CUCGGGGUUGGCGCCCGGUGCUUCCCGCCGGUGCGCGGCGGAGCGCCUGCCUGCCGGGCUGGGCAGCGUCGCUGGCCCGCGGGGGGCAGGAGGGGGAUCCACGUCUCGCGAGCGUGGCGCUUCUGGUUUGUUUAUUUUCGGUUGUGGUUUUGUUAUUGUUAGGGUUUUUUUGCAUAAGGGGGGAGAGGAAGAUGUGCCAGUGCUUCCCAAAGCUUCGUUUGAUGCAAGGCUAGCAGUGGUGUGCUCUUUUGCUUAUUUCUAGCCCUCCUUCUGUUUCUAGUUCUGCUUUUUUGAAGAUUAGCAUCAACACAUAUAAUUUCCAUAAAAACUACAUUUGUUUUGGAAAGGGCUGUGUAACAAAAGCAGGAAUCGGGACUUAAACCUCAUCUUCCAUUCCAGGGAUAGCAUCUAGAUGGCUCUUAUGUAGUUAUGUUCGCUCCAUACAUGUUAGUAGGUCAGCAGGUGUGGCCGAAGAUGGAAAGCAAAAAUUAUGCAAAUAGCCACUGAGGAAAUUCUCUUCUGCUGACCAUUAUUCUGUCCUUCUUGUAGUUAUAUGGACUGUCACCCUACCAUUUCAUCACUCUUAUCUAACAUACAGACUUCAUUACUGGAGGUGCCAAGGCUCAAGAUCUUGGAGCAGAAUUCUAACAACUAGCUGUCAGGACCUUAAGAAGAAACUUGCCUUUUGGGGUAGACUAUUCCAGAAUGUCUGCUGCAGUGUCAUUUGAAGUAGCUUGCACUGGAUCCUGCCAUUAAUGUACCGCUUGCCUGACUAUGAUGUGGACUCCUGAGUUCCUCUGUCUGUAACUAAAGUAUAGAGCUCUAACAGGAGACAUAAGUUCAAAAGGUUGUUUUAUAGGAAAAUAAUUUCUACAGAUGAUAUUAGAUGUAAUUUCUGCACUUUAUCCUGUCAUUUUUCUGUUAGCCAAACUCUCAGCUACCUUCUUUAAGAGAAGCAGAAACUGUCUUAUUAGAGUCUGCCUACCCUCAGGAAGCAGCUGAAGGUUUUGACAAGUAUGUAGUGUGAGAGGCCAUAAUGUAACUAUGCAUUUUUCUGACUUUCAUAGCUUUUAGUUUCAGCCUUCCAGUGUUCUCAUUCUGGGUGUGGGAAGAAGGCAUUUCUAAGGCCAUGUCUCCCCUAGGAGUACACUGUAGUUCCUCAAUGGAAAAGGUAUUAAAAACUGCCUGCAGCACUAUGGAAGCAUGGAGACAAAACAGUCAUCUAUUGAGACCUUCAAGGAACUACUGGGCAAAGUGACGGAGAUGAAGAGCUUGAACCAUCACUUCAGCAUGGCGUCAGCUGAAUCUGACAAGGACUCCGGAUAUUCAGAUGGAAGUUCAGAGUGCCUGAGUGCUAUGGAGCAAACUGACUCGGAGGACGUAUUGAAUGCGUUGUGUUGGAACGCAGAAGAUGGGCCUUGGCCAUGCCCAAUGACCACAAGCAACUCCUUUCCUGCACUUUCUCCUAUGGUCGUAAUGAAAAAUGUGUUAGUUAAGCAGGGGAGUUCAUCACAGCUCCAGUCUUGGACUGUGCAGCCUUCUUUUGAAGUGAUUCCAGCUCAGCCACAGCUAUUGUUUCUUCGUCCAUCAAUCCCACCUCCCAUUAACACUCACCCUGUUGGGAAAAAGAGAAAUGACUCCACUAAUUACCUGCCCAUCCUGAAUUCUUAUCCCAAAAUAGCACCACAGCCUUGCAAAAGAGAUCACUCCUUUGAUCUAGAAGAACGUCAUGAAACCAGUUGCCAUAAACGAUUCUGCACAGAAGCACCCAAGAUGGAAAUUUCUCCUGUGUCGAGGAGCACAGGCUUGCCUAAUAGUCCUUUUGCCCACCUACCACUUAGCUUUAAGACCCCUCAGGAUUCUCACCAGCAAAGUUCUUCGACUCUGGUGACAAGUGGAAAACUGUCAGCUCUUCCUGGUUUUCAUCGUGUUUCUAGUGACACUCAGAAAGUGCCAGCUUUGACUCCCCUUUUGCCUUUUGGAACUCUGCAGGCAACAAAGUGUACCCCUCAUGAGAGCGAGAGUACAGCACAGGCUACAAUGCAGUCUGCAGUGUGGAGCCCCCCAUUGAUACCAGAAGAGAUUUGCGCUACUCCUGAGCUGCUUUUGCAACAGCAAAGCAAGUGCAGGCGCUUUCAGAAUACACUUGUCGUGCUACGCAGGUCGGGAUUGCUGGAGAUCACUUUAAAAACCAAGGAGCUUAUUCAUCAGAACCAGGUGACACAGGCUGAACUGGACCGGCUGAAGCACCAAACACAGCUUUUCAUAGAGGCAAUAAAGAACAAUGCUCCACAGUCAUGGGCAGAGCUAGAAGCAUCUCUAGCAGGAUCUGAUAAAGCUGAUAGAAACCUUGAAGAACCUACUUAUCCCAACAUGUAGUAAAAUGGUACAUAGCUGUUGGUCAGGUUAUUUCUGUGCCUCCUGUUUCCUGUCUCAAGCUUUUACUUGAGCAUUUUCUGAGUCCAAGACUUGUGAAGUGGCAUGCUGUUAACAACUUGUCUUCAGAGCUGGUUGUGGACUGGAAUAGCAUGGUAGGGAAUUGACAGAAUGGGCACUUACUACAUCGGUAUGACCUUGAACUCCAUGCUAACUAUAUGUACUUCCUUGGACUCCAGAAGCUUGGAUGUGCUCUGCUGGCAGUGAAAAGACAAUAAUUUGCAGUAUUCUGCAAUCAAGCAUCUGCCUAUUCCCAUCUUCAGAUAGUCAAUUUUGAGAGGGGAACAGCAGAACAGGCCCCAGUAUUAGGCCAUCAUCAGUUGCAAGUAGAUGACAGGAGUUGGUGUGAGGAGAGGAAACUUACUUUGGUGGGGUUGUUUAGACUGUUGCUGUCCUUUGUUGUAGCAGAGUCUUACUUUGGGGUUUUAAUGUGUUUGAAUUAGAGAUCUGCUGGUGCUGAAGCAGCAUUCUAUAUUCAUUGCAGUUUUUGGUCAAAGUGAUGAGUGUCUUAGGACCCAAGUGAAAUGAUGUGUUUUGAUGAAUAUACUUUUGAUUUUCAUCUACAGCUGAGUGAGUGAAAAUCACAAGGCUUGUACUGGAAGUGUUUGUUCCAAAGCCGUAUUUAUUAAUGUCUAACAAGUGUACAAGGCAAGUGGCUUUGGAGUUUACCAGGCUACUUACUUGGUAGCUAACAGAUUAAACAUUGUUAUUAAAGACUGCAGUGACUUUUUUUAAAAACAGUACAAGGAAGAUAUUCAUUCACCAGGAUUAAUUUGGCAAGUCUAGUUGCGUAUUAUUUGAUAUGUAUACUUUUUAGUUUACAAGCCUAAACUUUUUUCCUGCAAAAUCAGAUUGCUAAGUAUAAAAAAAAAAGAGGUGAAAGGAAAAGGAACAUACUGGCCUGUAGUGAAAAAAGCCCUUCCCUCUCUUUUCUAUUUAGAGAAAUCAGAUGAAUGUACCUAGAGAAGGGGGGAGGAGGAGGGG